AUGCAGAGGGAAAGAGACGAAAGCUCUAUUGAAGAGUCAGACCCUUUCUUAGGGAGCUCAAUACUCGCAAAAGAGCAGACCAGAAGUCAUCGACGGCAGAACAUACUCUUGUAUUGUUUAAUCAGCUUACUCGGAGUAUCCUUGGGCUCUCAUGUCUUGACAUAUCUCUACAUCCACAGGGCUUCCUACCUCGACGCAAUGUGCGUACGGCAUACGCAAGAAAAUCCUACUCCCAUUGAUAUCCCAAUUCAUUAUCACUCUGUUCUUUAUGAUGGGACAUUUCUCGCCAACUCAACUUCUGUCUUCCGCCUUGCUCCCUCUCCAGAGGUGGACGAAGCAUGGGAAGGUCUUGGUACCACUUCAAAACCGCUCAUACUGUCCAAGUCCCAGGCAGAACGUGCUGGGAUCAGCUCAGACCAUCUUAAAACGCCAUCGGGAGACUUCCCGGUUCUCUUCGAGUUCAAUCACCAUUUGCACUGCCUCAACCUGAUCCGCAAAUCCCUCUAUUUCAAUUACAACUAUUACUCAGACCCCGACUACCCCGGACACCACCUUGGAAAGGAUGAGGAGACAAUUGCCAAACAUGUCACACACUGCGUCGACAUGCUCCGGCAGGUCAUCCAGUGUAAGCCGGAUUUGGGCGUUUUCGGACAGUAUUGGGUAAAAGACCCGGCUCAGGGCAUAGAUGGUUCUUUUGUGGAUUUCAACACGAACCACAAGUGCAUCGACUGGGAACCAGUAAGAGAGUGGGUUCAUGCACACCAAAGUCUCGAGGACAUGGUGGUGGAAUUGCAAGAGGGCGAUAAGAUCCUAGAUAUCGCGCCUUAG